AUGGUGCAGAUCUGUGCCGCGUGCUACAAGAGUAUCCCGCACAAGUACCCCGUGUACGGAGACGAGCCCCGGGACCACGCCGUCAACCACACGACUAACCACGCCGCACACAUACGUUUCAAGCCGUACGAGUUGAAGCCCGGUACGGUCGCCAAGCGUCCGUCCAGCGCGCUCGCCACCAGCCCUCACAACCAGCUGGCUGAGAACGGAAUGGGGCUCUACAGAUGUCACGUGUGCGCGGGCCUGUUCCCGCAGCAGUCCAUGGAGUGGUUGUCAACGUCAGCGGAGUACAUGAACUCCCAUGCGAUGCACUUCCCGUGUCUGGCUGGCGGCGGGUCGCGCGGCGGGCGCGUGUUGGCGUGUAGUCGCUGCGUGCGUCACCUCGCGCGCCAGUGGGAGCUGAUGGACGCAGAGCGAGUGCCGCUGGAGCACCGCCGGUACAACAUCCCGUCCCCGCUGCCGGCUAGUACGGGCGGCGACAGGGUCAUACCCACCCCGCCCUCCACCACCUCGGAUAGGACCGUCGCGAGCAACACCGCCUGCACGUCCAUCUAUUGUUUCCUGUGCGGGCUACACUCGGACCUCACCCUAGCCCGCGUGUUGUUCGGUCAGCCCCAAGGGAACGCUCCAUACUUCCCAUGUCUCCUCACACACCAGAGUCACCCUAACGCGGAGCAGCUGCGGGAGAACGGCAGCGCGCUGGUGUGUACGUUCUGUUACCACUCGCUCCUGGCGCAGUGGAGGAGGUACGACGCGCUGGGGGGCGUCGCGCCCGAGAGGAGGGCCUACAACGCUCACGACUAUCACUGCCAUCUGUGUGGAAUAAAGACUUAUAGGAAGAGGGUGCGCGCGCUGCCCAUCAAGGAGUUCCCGUUCCUGAUGCAGCGGCGGACGGAGAAUUCGCUGCUGCUGGAAAACGGAGACUACGCGGUCGUGUGUCUCGACUGUUAUGAGAGUCUACGGACGCAGGCCGCGGACUACGAGCGGCGCGGCGUGCCUGUCGACAAGAGGGAGUACAACUGGCUGCAGCAGCCGCCGCCGCCCGAGGACAGCGCUGACGUCACCAUCGCCCGCCUGCCCUCUGGAGACCGCUCCGACAAGCUGAUACCGCAGUCGCUGGUCGUCGGCCGCGGGAAGAGACACAGCCCCAAGCACGCGCCCGCUGACAGGAGGCACAAGAACGACAAGGGGGACGCGGCCGUGAACGCCAGUAAGCUAUCCAAACGGACGGACCUCACUCCCAACAAGGGCGGGCCCUUCGCCGCUGCCUUACGGACCCUCGCCAAGAACGCCGGGCCCGACGUCAAAGACGGAGCGGCCGAGAGGGACCCCGCCAAGGAGAAGACGACGGCCGCGGCCAAGAGAGCCAGCCCGCACCACCUGCCCGCCAGUGGGUUCCAGCCUUACAGACCCGAUGAUAGACUGAGUCACCCGGCGGCCGCGUCCUUCCCCCUGCUGGAGCCGUCCUCGUACUCUCCGUACGCUCACCCCUCGCUGUACACCAGCGCCGCCCUCCAGUACAGGCUGGCGGCGGAGGAGCAGAUGUACCUGGAGCGUGUGUUCCGAGGAGGUGUGGGGGUCGGCGUGGGCGUUGGCGUCGGCUGGCUUCCACCCUACGCGCUGUACCCCCCGCUGGCGCCGCCGCUGCCGCUGGUGCCGCACCCUCCGCACGCACCGCACCCCUCGCACCCGCCGCACCCCUCGCACCCCUCACAUCCGUCGCACCCGUCACACCCGCCGCACCCACCGCUCCACGACGACCGCGAGAAGGAGAUGGCCUUACAGAGGGAGAGGGAGAGAGAGAGGGAGCGCGAGCAACGAGAGAAGGAGCAGCGCGAGCGGGAGCGGGAGAGGGAGAGGAGGGAGAAGGAGUCGCGCUCCCUCGGCGGAGGAGUGCACGGGCUGCACGGGUCGCCCGGCUACCAGCGGACUCUGCCGCCGCUGCUGUACCGACCGUACCGGCCCUACUACGAGGAGGCGGACGACGCGAGACAAAACAAGAUGCCACAGUCACAAACACCCACAGAAGAAGAAAAACCAGCCUCGGAGCCAGCACCGGUCCCUCCCACACCCAAACCACCAGAAUCUUUGAAGCCGGAGGAACCUCCACCAUUUUUAGAAAAUCACACUUUCACUCAACCAAAACCUAUAUCUCAUUCGCCAAAAAUAUCACCCUCAUCGAUACCCAAUCCAAAUCCUAGUGUGACAACGACGAAACAGGUGGAACCAGGCUAUCCAAACUAUGGUGGUUAUAUGUACUCAAUGCCUGGUUAUUCUGCGUUUCAACCAGUCUCAUACCAGGGAAUAGUUCCAGCCUCCAGUACAUUGCCGGCGUCGAAUGAAACUCACAAGAGUGAAUAUACACCCUAUCCUAUUACAUCAGGAAAAGAUGCGGGAAAUAAUGAAAAAAAAGAAGUUAAUUGUAAUGAAAGCACAUCAUCUAUUUCCUUACCGAAACCGCAGACUGACUUUGAAGAACGUUUCACCCCUGAAGUUAUUCCUGCAACAACUGUAAGUGAAGCAGCGAAAGUUCAGGUAACAGAAGCAAAAAUGACUGUGACUUCUUUGGCACAGGGAUCUGGAGCGAUAGUUACCAUUCCAACACAAGGAAACACCAACAAAGAUUUCAAAAAGAAACCAUUGGAACGAUUCAGUUUAAAAACUAGCAUACCAAUUAGCAAAAUAGAUAUGAAAUGUGUUAAUAACACUUCAGAGGCGAUGUUCCAAAAUAAUUUAAAAAAGCCUUUUAAUCCAGCAUUUCAUACUCCAGCAGUUAAGGAAAAUGGCCCAAAAAUUGAAAUACAAAGCAAUAUCGUGAUCAAAAAUGCUCCAAAAGAACCUGAAAACAAAGAUAUUUCUAUUAUGCCAGUACCAAAUAAUAGUAUAAGCACCCUUAUUAAUGCAGCAGAAGCUAUAAAUAAGACUGAAACAAAUUUUAAGAAACCUGAUUCAAAGUCUGAGUUAUUCCCUGAAAACCAAGAACAAUAUACAUCAAAUGCAAGUACUCCUACCCGUCCUCUUUUUAAUCCAAUAAAUUUAGAACCUAGUAAAGCAAAUUUUACACCUAAACCUGCCGACCCUGCUUUUAACGAAACCAAGAAUAUUUUGUUCAUACAAAACAAAAGUCCGUCUAAUUCUAAAAUGUUGUUAACAAUCCAUCAGCAAAAUUCGCAAGGAUUGGGGCAAAAAUCUAGUUAUGAUCAAAAAAACCUGCAAACUCCUUCACGACCGUCUAGCCAAACUAAAAAUUGUAAAGAAGAAGUAGUUGAAAACGGAACCUCUUCAAAAGUAGUGUCAUUAAAACGUAUGCACCAAGACAACUACGACGAAAAUGACUUUGAGAAUUUAAUUACUGAAAAUCAAAUUUAUGGCAACAAGAUAGUCGUGAAGGAGAAGUCACAGGGCACUUUACAAGAACAAGAUUUGAAAAACAAAUCCAAAAUAGAAAAGACUACCCUUGAUACAAAAAAUGUUGUUUUGCAACCGAACUUUGUUUAUUUAAGUAAUGUUCAAUUUCCUGCAAAUUUAAUGAUGAUUAAAAAUAAUGCUAAACCUAACAAUAGCGAAACGAAUAAAGCUCGAGUGUCAGGUAACGAAGUUAAACAGAGUGAGGGAACAGUAGCUUCAAACCCAGAGGUUACAACCAAAUUAAUAAAACCUCAAAGUGUACCAGCUACAAAGGAAGUUAAUAUUUUAAAAACUAAUAAUAAUGUGAUACAAACUGUAACUAAUAAACUUAAUAACACGGAUGCAUUGUUUCAACCAGCCAAUCAAAAAGUUAUAAUGAAUCCUCAAAUAGUUUAUCAAGUUCCUAUGAUGAUGGAUACAGAUAGCAAAACAGGUCAAACAUUAGGUAAAAGUGACUGUCCUAAAGGAGUGGCACUUGAAAAAAAAGAUGGACAAAAAACUUUUGAAAUAACAAAUACAAAUGACAAACUGUUCAUAGCAUGUCCUUACCAAAUGGACUCUAAUCUACAACCCAAAAUAGUUAUAACGAAUGUGAGGCCUAAAAUACCAAAAACUGAAGAAAUCAGUUCUAUAGACAUUUAUGAACAAAGAAAAAGAAUACGACGAUUGAAGUACUUGUCGAACCGAGAUUCAAAGAAUAAUACUAGUGAUAAUUUAAAAGAAAACAAGAAAAAUCCAGAUCAUACGAAAAAUAUUAUUACACCAGAGAAAAUGGGAGAGGAAAUAUCUAAAGAAUUUGCUGAAACAAAAAUUUUAUUACCAGAAGAAAGCAAUGAGAGCGAUAGUGAUUAUGGUGACGACGAUCUAGAAAAAUAUAAUUCUAUCAUAAAAGAAUAUAGUCGAUGUAAUAAUAUUAAAGAAAUCGAAAACAGAAAAGUGGAAUUUCUUGCCAAUUUUAGGUUGGCCACUCAAGAUGAAUGUAGAGAAAGAGAGUUAGACCGUCAAGAACGAGCUAUAAGAAGAGAUUCUGUUGCCUCCGCCUACAUCGCAGCAGGUCGUAUAGACUGUCUCACUAAUGAAAAAAAUUAUUCAGAACAAAUUUACGAUGUUCCCUUAUUUAAAGAAACAAAAAAAUAUUUAAUUGAAGAAGACUUGGACGAGAUGCAAAGGAAAAGGAAGUUCUUAACAAAUUUGGACCUAAUUAAAGUUUCAACUAAGUAUAAAGAGGGCUACGAAAAGAUUUGGCAAGAAAUUAUCAGGGAAAGAAAGCGCAGGGACAACCCGAUGGAAUCCGGGCGUGUAUUAAAAUUACCGAAGCUGGAAAAACAUGUUGUGGAAAUAGAUCCAAACGAUCAACUACAAAUAUUGACGGAAAUAAAAAAACAAGUAAAUGAAAACAAUAACCUCAUAAAGAGGAGAAUGGAUUCAUCGUGGGAUGACGGGGACAGUAUUAAAGUGCUAGCGGAGAAAAAUUUUUCGGAAUUAAAUAGAUUAUCCAAAAUGGCUGACAGAAGCGUCAAGCAUUUCAGUGGACAGGAUACAAAAAAGAGGGAUUUAAAUCCUGGUUUCGACAGCGAGAACAUUCAAAGACCUUUAAUAACCGGCAAAUAUUAUCCAAAUAUAAACAUACCAAACAUAGCUAAGAUCAUUUCUCUUAAAUCUACUGAAUCUCCCAGUGCUACUGCCUCGAGUCAGGCGACAUCUAUGGACGAACCUCUGAACUCAGCGGCCGGUGUGAGUGAGAUGUUCACUGCUGAUAAAGUAAACGAUUUUAGUUGUCAAGUCGAGCUCACAAACUCCUGGCCCGGCGUGGAGGCCUUGAUGAAAUAUUACAAGGAUUACGAAGCAGCUCGCAAGAAGGAGAUCUCUGAUCUUCAACGCCGCAACACAGCGCUACGUGUCGAGUGUGCUCACACAACACGAGCGGCGUCUCGGUCAGCGGAUGGUGCUCGAGCUUUACUCGCAGAACGAAGACAUCUGGCUGAUGAAGAGAGAGCAGCCGCUGCUGACUUACAGUGGAUGUAUGACGUCAUACAUGCCGUCAGGAACUGUGACAGUUAG